AUGGACGGUCGGCAGCAGUAUGUCCCGGGCCCGCCUUCCUCUCAGGCACACAUGAACCUACCACCUCCUCCGCCCCGACAUCCAUCGGCCCAAGCUCCAACCUUAGUACCGCCCCCUCCUCCUGGGCCGCCCCCAGGGGCAACUUACGGAGCGCCAGCGGGGUGGCAGCAGAGCUGGGGACGACAACAGGCCAAUCCUGGGUUUCCGCCACCCCCACCACCCCCUCUGGCUGCACAAAACCAGCACCUAGCGUAUGGUCGCCCGCCCGCCCAGCUAUCAAUAGUUCCACCACGACACGACCACCAGCCUCUGACAUCCGCAACCUAUAUACCCGGCCAUGAUACCAUUGGCGUUGGCAUCCCGGGUUUGUUCGAUCCCCAUGCCCGAGCUCCUUACGAUCCUUACGCGCACGCCAGCGCUGAGCGACAACGAAUGAAUCUCAGUCAAAUGCAUGAUCAUGUCAACACGUCCGGUCCUUUCAAGACCGACCAAAAUCUUCCACAAACCCCCAGCGGACGAACAAUGGCCCCUUACGCUCUUCACGGCAACAUUCAUGAGCUGUCCCAUGAUAGCCCACAACCCCAUGGCACGCCACAAACCACGGAGAUCACCAAAUCCUCGAGCCAUCGCCACAAUAAUAGUAAUACUUCGCUAGGGGGGCUGUCCCCGAGCGAGGCUGCGAUCCAAUGGCCUCUGGAUAGAGUACUCAUCUGGCUUGCGAGGAACGGAUUUUCUAAUGACUGGCAGGAAACCUUCAAGUCUUUAGAGCUUCAAGGAGUCGACUUCCUCGAGCUUGGUCUGGGAGCUGGGGGGCGAGGGAACCUCGGGAAAAUGCACCAGGUUGUCUAUCCCCAAUUGGCCAAGGAAGUCGGUCUGAACGGCAAAAAAUGGGAACCUAGCCGGGAAAGAGAUGAAGGAAAGCGCAUGCGCAAAUUGAUCCGUCAGAUCCACGACAGUUCGCAGGACUAUACUGUUUCGACACCCGCGAACCAAACGCAGCCGCCGGCGACUGCGUUUCCAGAGAACAGCACGGGUUACUUCGCUCAUCACUUCCCCGAGCCACGCUCCGCAGGGCCCGUGCCUGGGGUCAAUGAUGUUAGCCCAGAGCAUUUGAGCGCAUUGCAAGCUUCAAAUCACAAUCAAAAGCCGACUGGUCAGCGCUCGGUGACCAUGCCAGUUCCCACGGGUCAUGACUCGCCAAGAUAUGAAUCUCCAAGAUACGACUCGCCCGCAAAGGAAACCUCGCACUGGCUUCGGUCCGAUUAUUCUCGCAAUGCCUUGGCGGGGAUCAACAGUGAUCAUCGACGCCAGAGUCCGUCGGUUGGCAGCGAAAGUGGCACUUUCCAAUCCUCCUCGCUGCGGCCACAGGAAAGCCCGCAGAGCGGUAGUCCGGCCCUGCAGCACAUAUCACCUAACUAUGCAGCAUUUUCCUCCUCUGCCGGAGACCUUUCUAUAAAGUUCGAUCAUUCUCGGGGCAACAGUACGGACUCCAUCACCGGUACGGGCCGAGGCACUACGGGUCGGUACUACGACUCUCGUAGACAAGUCCAAGAAGGAACUCGCCCUUUGCCCCACGACGCAUCCGCACGACAGUCGGGUGGUGACACCCCUUCUUCGUACUCGAAGGAGCAUGGCAAAAGUUUCUUCUCUAAUCUUCUUAAGAAGAAAGCCAAAGCCAAUGAUUCCAAUCACCCGUCUCCUGAUCACCAUGAUGACUCGUCGCCCACAACCAGUCCCGAGACCCGCCCAAAUGAGGCAUAUCUCCCUUACUCAAAGCCUGGCUUCAAUGCUAGCGACAUGUCUGUGGGCGAGAGACCUUCCACGUCGCCCACCAAGACCAAAAAAUGGGUCUUUGUGACGAUGGACGGCUCUAACUUCCGCUUAAUCGACAUUACCGAGAUGGACUCGGUUGAAGCAAUGCGUGUUGGGAUUUGUCAGAACAUCGGGGUUGACUGGACUAGUGCCCAGUUCUACCUCACAGAGCCAGGUCAAACUGAGCACGAAGAUGCCAUGAGUGACGCCAACCUCACGCACACCCGCCGAAGCAAGUCCGACGCCUAUGGCUCCCUGAAACUCUUUGUUCGGGGAACUCCUUCGCAUCAUGUAACGCCUCAUACACCGCGCUUCGAUGGGCUGGGUGUUUCUUUCCCUGAUAACAAAUCAAAUCUUUCCCCCACGGCAACCCAUCACCAAGUGCACAGAAAGCCACUAGAUGAAGAAGCACUUCAUAGGAUAUCACCGCAUCGCACGGCGCCGGACUCUCCAUUACUAGGCUCUCGUCAAAACACACUCAAGGCCUCGAAUGUGAAAACGCCUGUGGCAGAUGUCGCACCAGACUCAGCCCAAGGUCCCGAGCCUGACAAAGCAGACCUGCUCGCCCGCCAUGAGGAACACAUGCGAGAGGUUGAACGGAAGCAAAAACAAUACCUGCUCUCUAAAAUGCCGCAGUCUCAACACAACAAGAAUGCGUAUGGAGAUACCGGGUACAGGCGUAACGAAAUCAUUGAUUUUGAUACCCCUCGAAUUUCGCCUUACGACGAAAAGAAGGGAGAGUCGCUGGUGCCACUUCGCAAACCUCCCAUGGCGCCGGUUGAAUCCAACACUCUCACAAAAGUCAACUCUCUUAGUAGGAGGCCUACCACGCGUGAAUCUAGACCUCAACAAUCUGCUCCAGCCCAUGGGUUGGGGGCUGCAAUUGCCAGUGUCGGUCGGAUUACCAGCGCCAUCGGCACGCCGCUUCCUUCCGUGCCAGUUUCCUCUCCUCCUGCCACCGAUACUCGAAACAGUGCAGGCUCGGGGUCCGACCGCCUGGACACAUUUGAUUCUGCGGGUACAAUGUCGAGUCGAACAACUCUAGACUCUUCGAGGCCUUCUUCGAAUCAUACCACAGAGACCGAGCGAUCGUCGGUCUCGUUCGCCAAUCAAUCGCCCGAAAAGCCAUCUUCUAAUCAACCCAGGCCAGGAUUGCAAUCCCGCAAGUCAUUUGGACCCGAGUUCGACUUUGAAGAGAACCAGGUCUCUUUCCAGCGAACUCCCCUGGCCAAUGAAGAAAACGAGGAUGACUCCGACGAUGAUUCCGAUGAUGGCUUGUUCCAGGUCCGACCUUCGAGGGCCCAGGAAGAACAACACGUGGCACCGAAUGAACCCGAGCCUGAGAAGAAGACCGAAAGACCAUCUCUCACAGUGAACACAAAGAACCAAUUAAAGCCAAGUCACUCGGUCAGGUUCAAUACCCCAAGCACUGCUGGUGGUCACAGUGCUAGCGGGGCCUCCGAUGGCCGAGGCCCGUGGUCGAGCACUCAUGGGCCCGUCUCCCCUGAGGACGAGAGACCCGGCCCCCGCCGAGAUUCAUUCGCUCCAGAUGUCUGGGCAAGCAGACCUGCUGUUGAGGGCGUUAUUGAUCACCUUGACGACUUCUUCCCCGACGUGGAUCUUGACGCUCCCUAUCUAGAUGAGCCUGCAUCUCCGAGCAUCAGAGCAAACGCCGAUCACGAUGGCGGCUUCAGAGACAGGAAAGAACAACAUCCCCCAAUGCCACAGCCGGCCAAUGCGGCCAAUGCGGCCAACGUGGCCAAUUCGCAAGCUGACGGAGCUACUGUGUGGCCAUCAGGCUCCGAAAUGUUAGCCAAACGCAGUAUUGCGCGCGGUGGUGGUGGUGGUCUAGGCCGCAUGAAGUCUAUUCGACAGGUAGCCCAGGGAGCGAACCGGACGAAGAGUGUGAAUGCGAGUGGACCUCAAAGAUCGGGCGAUCUCCUGCGCCGCAAGAGUACCAAGAUGUUCGGCGCCAAGAUUAUGCAGAUCAGACCUCGUCCUGGUAGUCGAAUCAGUCAGCUCGAUCCUAUUCCACAAAACAGCAGCCAAGUAGCGCCAAAUACCGGCGCUGUGCCCCAGCGUCAGCCUACUUUCCGCAUCAUUCGUGGUCAACUCAUCGGCAAGGGCACCUUCGGUCGCGUAUAUCUCGGCAUGAACGCAGACAAUGGUGAGGUUUUGGCCGUCAAGUUGGUGGAGAUAAACCCCCGCAUUGCAGGCACAGACAAAGACCGUAUCAAGGAAAUGGUCGCCGCUCUGGAUCAAGAGAUUGAUACCAUGCAGCACCUUGAGCAUCCCAAUAUUGUGCAGUACCUGGGUUGUGAGCGUGGCGAAUUCUCUAUUUCCAUCUACCUGGAGUAUAUUUCUGGUGGCUCCGUGGGUAGUUGUCUACGCAAGCACGGCAAGUUCGAAGAGAGCGUCGUGAGAUCACUUACCCGACAAACUUUGGGUGGGCUGGCAUAUCUCCACGACAAGGGAAUCCUUCAUCGAGACUUGAAGGCAGACAACAUUCUCCUAGAUCUUGAUGGGACAUGCAAGAUCUCUGACUUUGGUAUCUCCAAAAAGACAGACGAUAUCUACGGCAAUGACUCUUCCAAUUCCAUGCAAGGCUCUGUCUUCUGGAUGGCCCCGGAGGUUAUCCAGUCCCAGGGACAGGGCUAUAGUGCCAAGGUCGAUAUCUGGUCACUUGGAUGCGUGGUCUUGGAGAUGUUCGCUGGUCGUCGCCCAUGGAGCAAGGAAGAGGCUAUCGGCGCUAUCUUCAAACUUGGUAGUCUGAGUCAGGCUCCUCCAAUUCCAGAGGACGUGUCAAUGAACAUCAGUCCCGCUGCUCUUGCUUUCAUGUAUGACUGUUUCACGAUUGACUCGUCUGAACGUCCUACCGCUGGAACUCUUCUCACUCGCCAUCCCUUCUGCGAAUCUGAUGCGACCUACGAUUUCCUCGACACGGAGCUGUAUGCCAAGAUUCGCACUCCAGCCCCGGCCCAGUAA